GGGAGGGAGAGAGGGAGGGAUGUAAUAAAAACCCAUACUGGUUAAAGACAGGAAUGAAACCUUGGAGUAGAGGAAGUAACAGAGCGAGAGCGAGGGGUAGAGAGAGAGACCAGCGAGAGGGUAAAAGGAUAAAAAACUCUGAGUGGAGGGAAAGUGAUGCAGAGAGAAGAAAAGGAAAGACGGCGGGAGCCAACUACUGUGUGAAGCGGUGAAACAGUGGGAGAGACGUUCGGCAGGCAAGGGAGCGGAAGAAAAGAAAGAAAGAGUCGGCAAAGAGAAAGGAGAAGAGAGAAAGGAGCUGACACAGUGAUAAUGUGGUUCUUACAUAGAGAUUUAAUCCCUGUUUGUGGUGCGGCGGUGACUCAACGGGCCCUGCCCGGCCAAUAUUGAGAAAGCCAGCAGAGGACAAAAAGACCAAACUCACAGACACAGACACACCUGACUGAGGCCAGGGGAGGACACUGCAGCAGAGCCACAGUCCCAAACCCUGACUAGCACAUCAUCCACUGGGUACCUGUUCUCCACCGGUCUACCCAGUCUGUCUACCUAGUCCGUCUACCUAGACCUCUCUGUGUCUGUCUGACUAUCUGUCUGUAUCACCGUCUGCUGGCCACACGAUCCUCCAGCCAAGAUGAUGCAGCAGAUCCUGCAGGAGAUGUUCAUCGAGCCGGACCUGCUGGCCGAGCUCAACGAGGAGCAGAAGCAGAUCCUAUUCUACAAGAUCCGCGAGGAGCAGGUGCGCCGCUGGAAUGAGCGCGAGAGCCGCGACCCCAGCUCCAGACGAGCCAGUGACCGGAGGGGUAUCCAGUGGCAGCUGGGCUCCGACGGUGAUGUGUGGGUGUGGGUGAUGGGGGAGGCACAGGGGGACAAGCCCUACCAAGACAUCGUGGAGGAGCUGAUGGAGGAGCGAGCCAGGAAGCAGGCCCAGCGCGAGUCCCAGGAGCUCUGGCGUGUGAAAGAGGCCGAGAUCGAGAGGAGGUUCCGGGAUGCCAUGGGGAAAGAGAAGGCUCGCUGUGUCGCUGGGAAAUGGAGGGAGGAGACAGACGACAGGAGAGCGGCGAAACAGGUGGAGGAACGCAUACGGGAACAGCUGAAGAAAUACAAAGAGGAGGAGAGACAGAGGGGGGAGGAGGAGAUCCGUCAGACGGAGGAGAAGAGAGCAAAGGAGCUGUACAUCUCCCUGAAGCAAGAGGAGAAGAAGAGCGAGAGGGAUGACAAGGAAUGGCAAGAACAAUUGAGGCGCUCAAAGGCCGCUGACGAGGCGAUGAAGACGAAAGCGAGGCGCGCCCGGGACGAGUACAAGCGCCAGUCUCUACGCGCCAUCGACAAGGGCCUGGUGGCUGGCCUGAGCGGACUCUUCCAGAAGACGCACCACAACGGCUCGGGCCAGAGCCGAAGGCACAGCUCCAUAAUCGAGCAGACGACCAAUGCCGCAGCCCCGCUGCCUGAGGCCAGCCAACCGGCAGCAGCCGUCUCACUGACUACCACCCCCACCAAUGUGGCAGCAGCUGCCAGUGCCCCGCCCAUUGCUGGCUCCACCCACUAUCGCCGCAGACAGAACCGUCGCCAUAGCAGCCCAGCAACACAGUCCCUCUCAGAAUGCCCUGUGUGGAUCCGGCCUCCCAGACCCAACUCGCGCGAGUCCAUCCUGCGCUGGUUCCGGGAGGAGCAGAGGCCCAAGAGAGCCGGCUAUGAGAGAAACAGCAACACCCUAGCGCCCUGGUUCCACGGCAUCAUUUCGCGGCAGGAGUCGGAGUCUAUGCUGAUGAACGCGUGCGAGGGAAGCUUCCUGGUGCGCGUGAGCGAGCGCAUCUGGGGCUACACGCUCUCGUACCGCACGGCCAUUGGCUUCAAGCACUUCCUCAUCGACGCCUCAGGGGACUACUACAGCUUCCUGGGAGUGGACCAGAAUAGACACGCUACACUGGCUGACCUCAUUGACUUCCACAAGGCAAGUGUUUGACCCCAAUCAAAUGCAUACAUACCACACAAGGCUACUGUUCAUGAACACACACACAAACAUACAGGCUAUGUUACAUGGCUUUUUCUCACUUUUUGGCCUCGGCCAUCUGUUUCCAUUACGAGUUGUAUCGGGGUCAUUCACAAACAGAGAACACCAACACAAGAAACUUCUAAAGAGCGCUUAGCAACAACCGUGCGAGUACAUGUAAAAUAGAUUUUAAUGACAUUGUUGGAAACGAUAUCCUUGAUUCUUUUGCCAUUUUUUUUAGUUAUCCAUGGGCCUACAUAGUUGUUCUUUAAAAUACAAGCUGAUAGAGCAUUUUCAUCGUGGGGUCAAACCCCGGUGUCUGGGGAAAAGCCUCAGACUUUUAUUUUUAAUUUCCAUCUGAGAUUGGACUGGGGCCACGGCCCAGACGGCCUCCGUUCGGUCCUGGAGUGGGGAAGGGCCGAGUCAGGGCUG